GUAAGCAUCCCUUAAUCAAAUAAUAUUUCUCUCUUGUACUCUUUAUAUCUACAUUAGCCCCUCUUCUCGUGUUAAGAAAAAUGUCAAACCCUCCUUACAUCAAUGCUGCAUUUCGUUCAUCAAGAGAAUAUGAAGUGUAUUUCUUCGCCAAGAACAAGUAUGUGAGGUUGUUUUACACUCCCGGAAGCACUGAUGACAAGAUUUUAACUAAUCUGCGCUCGAUUAGUAGUGGUUUUCCAUCACUUGCAGGAACAACAUUUGCAGAACCUGGAAUAGACUGUUCCUUUGACACUGAAGGGACUGAAGCAUAUGUGUUCUCCGGCAACCUCUGUGCCUACAUAGACUAUGCUCCAGCUACAACAAAUGACAAGAUACUCGUAGGUCCUACCACAAUUGCUGAAAUGUUUCCUGCCCUCAGAAACACGGUGUUUGCCGAUGGCAUAGACUCUGCAUUUAGAUCCACCAGAGGAAAUGAAGUUUACUUAUUCAAGGACAAUAAGUAUGUUCGCUUAGACUAUGAUUCGAAGCAGGUUGACAACAUUAGAGACAUCACUGAUGGGUUUCCUGUUCUGAAUGGUACCAUUUUUGAAAGUGGAAUUGAUGCGUGUUUUGCCUCUCAUGAGGAGUCUGAAGCUUACCUUUUCAAAGGAGACAAGUAUGUGCGAAUCAUUUUCACUCCAGGUAAAACUGAUGACACUCUUGUCGGUGAUGUCAUGCCUAUCCUUGAUGGUUGGCCAGUUCUUAGAGGCAUUUUGCCUGUGAGCUAAACAAGGCUUCACUCUCAUGCAUCAACCACCUUAGCCUCGUCACAAUCAAUAAGGGUUUCAUUUCCAAAGUUUGUUUUCUUUGUCUUUAAUGUAACAUUAGGAUUGGAAGCAUGUUUCCUUUCCUAAUGUAACAAGUCUGAAUGUUUGUCUUUACUUUCCUGUACCUGCAUGUUUCUUUCCUAUGUGCACUUAAUUAUAAUAAAACUGGGUGGUUUAGUUUAA